AUGCCUCACCUACGCCGCCAACCAAACCCCCGCGAGCUCCCCAACCAAGAUCCAACACACGGGGAUCUGCGCGCCCAAUUCCACACCCCGCCAGCCCGACACACGCCCUCCAAUCCAACCCACCAACUCCCCCCAUCAACAGGUCCAAAUGUGAUCACACCAGACGCACUCGCGCAGGCGGGCCACCUCGGAGAAAGAAAUCCCUUUUCAAUAUUCGGUCGCACAGGCUUGGCGCCACCACCAGAAACAGAGACAAUGGACGACCAAUUCGACGAUGACUAUGAUCCGCGCGGGAUGGGCAUGCGGGAGCUAGGCGAUGACGAACCGCUCGAUGAUGACGAUUCCUUCGAGGUGGAAGAUGGCCAUGAAGAUCAAUACGACGACUCCGACAUUGAUGGCGAGGAACUCGAAGAGACCGAAGAUGUGGUCCAGGAUCAAUAUGGAGAAGAUGACCCGGACGAGGAAAUGCAAGACCGAGAAAAAUCACCUUCUCCUCUCCCCCCGAACCUGCGCGAGAUCUCCUCUCUCGCUUCCUGGACCGUCUCAACCUCCAAGCCAGGUUGCGGUGUCGCAGCCCUCCGCAACACCUCGCCCUCCCAAUACUGGCAAUCAGACGGUCCACAACCACACACCUUGACGCUUCAUUUCUUCAAACUAGUCGCCGUUGUGCGGAUCCGCGUCUACCUGGAUUUCGAACUCGACGAAAGCUACACGCCAACCAAAAUGAUCUUCGCGGCUGGAAUGGGCGGCAAUGACCUAGUCGAGUUCGCAACUUGGGAAGGCGACGGGCCAUGCGGAUGGGUCAAUGUCCCACUAGAAGGCGUCGGCGGACGGAACGGCGGCUGGGUACAGAAUAACACGGGGAACAGGAGACGCCGGUCGACUAGUGUGCGACAGAGACGGCGGACUGUGUAUCGGAACUGUGAUGAUCCAGAUCCUGAACACGAGCACGAUGAAGAGUGCGAUCCGGUCUACGAGGAGGAGGAGGUGGUGGUGGACAGCCAGGAUGACGAGCACGAUCCUUAUUCUGGAAAUGUGCUCAAGGCUAUGGUGAUUCAGAUGCGGAUUAUGGAAAACCAUCAGAAUGGAAAGGAUACGCAUGUGCGUGGGUUUCAGGUCUUCGCGGCUGAUGAGAGUCGGCGCAGGGUUGGUGCUGGGCCCUCUGCUUCGGCGGAUGUUAGGCCUAGGAGAGUUUCGCGCACUUCGCAUGAUCUGCGUGGGCGGGUGAGUGAUGGUGUUGAUACGGAGAAGUUGACAGCGGCUUCUGGGCUUGAUGAGCCGGAUUGGAUGGGUGAGCCGGUGAUUCGAUGA